AUGUCUUCCAACGACAACACUUCUUCCCUCAAGUCGGUUGUUGACACCGCCACUGGCUACGUCCAGUCUGGUAUUGCUGCCGUGACUGGUAGCGCCGGCGACCAGGCUAAAGCCGACGAAUACAAGAACAAGGGCCAAGCCGAGUCUGACCUCUCUCACACCGCUGCCAAGGCAGGCCCCUUCACCAUCAGCUCCUCUGGCGCCCCUGCCAAAGACAGCUCCGACCGCACUCAAGGCCAAUGGGACCAAACCGUUGGCAGCGCCAAAGAAACCAUCGGCAAUCUUGUGGGGAGCGAGGAGUGGAAGCAAGCAGGCCGCGAGCAGAAUAUGCAGGGCCAAGGACAAGAGGCUAAGGGCCAACUGAGCGACCUCGGCAAGGGCAUCAGCGACCGCACUCAAGGCGCCGUCGGCAGUGCCGUGGCCUCUUUGACUGGUGACCGCACCGAACAACAAAAGUACAACGACAUCCAUGACGAAGGAAAGACCAGACAGCGUGGGGUUGAGUUGGACCUCGACAAGCAGGCUGCCGCUCAGAAGUAG